AUGGAACUAAGAACGAGUGGGGUUGGUGCAAGCAAAAGCUUGGAGCAAAUGUUAUUCUACCGGUGUCUGUUGCACUCUACAAAGCAUGAGUCUGUUAUUAAGAAGAAAUAUGGUCAAGAUGCAACAAAUGUUGGCGAUGCUGGUGGAUAUGCUCCUAAUAUUCAUGAAAACAAAGAAGGACUUGAGUUGCUUAAAACAACCAUUGGUCAAGCUGGUUACACUAGAAAAGUUAUGAUUGGAAUGGAUGUUUCUACAUCUAUAUUCUAUGGAAAAGACAAAACUUAUGAUCUCAACUUCAAAGAAGAGAACAACAACGGGUCAAAAAAUAUUUCAGGAGUACAACUGAAGGAUCUUUACAAAUCGUUUGUGAGUGAAUACCCAAUUGUCUCCAUUGAAGACCCUUUUGAUCAAGAUGAUUGGAAGACAUGCUAA